CACCCUUAACUUUUUCUCCGUGGACGUGAACCAAAAGAACUUCCUAGAGAAUAACACUUGACUUUUCGCCAUCGAGAACGGUCGCUCGGUCUUUAUCUCAACGCAAUCGUGAUACUUUUUAUCUUCCUAAUAUCAACGGCUGAGAAAUAUAGCCCACCUCCUCUCCUACCCAAUCAUCAAAUCUAACGGUUUUUAGUAGCACCACUCGUGAUGUACUACGGGCCUGUUUGCAAUAGACACGUUACGGAAUCAAGCAACUAUUCCACCGGCUGUUCCGGUGUCCCGUUGCUUACCUUUAUGUUAAAACCUCAUUUUUCUUGCUUCAACAACUAAUCUCUACUCUCACUCCUAGUGCUAUUACUAUUCCUCUCUGCUAUUCACUAGAUCAGCUAGAAUUCUUAUCUCUCUGUAGUCAUGGGAAAAGUUAAGAUCGGAAUCAACGGUUUUGGAAGGAUUGGAAGGUUAGUAGCUAGAGUGGCCUUGCAGAGAGACGAUGUUGAACUCGUUGCUGUUAACGAUCCUUUCAUUACCGUUGACUACAUGACAUACAUGUUCAAGUAUGAUACAGUUCACGGUCAAUGGAAGCAUCAUGAGUUGAAGGUUAAGGAUGAGAAGACCCUUCUCUUUGGCGAGAAGCCUGUCACUGUCUUUGGUGUCAGGAACCCGGAGGAAAUCCCAUGGGCUUCGACUGGAGCUGAGUAUAUUGUGGAAUCAACUGGAGUGUUCACUGACAAGGAUAAGGCUGCUGCUCAUUUGAAGGGUGGUGCUAAGAAAGUCAUCAUCUCAGCCCCAAGCAAGGAUGCUCCCAUGUUUGUUGUUGGUGUCAAUGAGCACGACUACAAGCCAGAUAUUCACAUUGUAUCAAAUGCCAGCUGCACCACUAACUGCCUUGCUCCUCUUGCAAAGGUUAUCAAUGAUCGCUUCGGCAUUGUUGAGGGUCUUAUGACAACUGUCCACUCCAUUACUGCUACCCAAAAGACUGUUGAUGGGCCAUCAAGCAAGGAUUGGAGAGGUGGAAGAGCUGCUUCCUUCAACAUCAUUCCUAGCAGCACAGGAGCUGCUAAGGCUGUUGGGAAGGUGCUACCUGCUCUGAACGGCAAGCUUACUGGAAUGGCUUUCCGUGUUCCAACUGUUGAUGUCUCUGUGGUUGAUCUCACUGUUAGGCUAGAGAAGGCUGCUACAUAUGAACAAAUUAAAGCUGCUAUCAAAGAGGAGUCUGAGGGAAAGCUGAAGGGAAUAUUGGGCUAUGUCGAGGAAGAUCUGGUUUCCUCUGACUUCAUUGGUGACAACAGGUCAAGUAUUUUUGAUGCCAAAGCUGGAAUUGCUUUGAAUGAUAAGUUUGUGAAGCUUGUUUCUUGGUACGACAAUGAGGUUGGUUACAGCACCCGGGUGGUUGACUUGAUCUGCCAUAUGGCAUCUCAUCAUUAAGGCUGCAGCAAUAUGUUAUGAGGCUUCCUCCAACAUGUCUUGGUGGUGUUUAUGUUAGUACUGAGGCCAAAUGAGAAUAAAUUCGUUCGAAGGCGGGAUUGACCGAUCAAUUUCAUGCAUGCUUGUAUUUGGUUUCUUAGAUCUGGUAUUUACUGUGUGUUGGUAUUGAGAGGGAGUUUAAAUUCCUCCUACUGGAUUUGAAUAUUUUGUCUUGCUAGUGUGUUGAGAUAUUUUGAAACAAAACUAUCGGCUCUUGUGCAUAUUCUGCACAUUUAUGUACCAUUUUAUGACCCCAUGCUUCACA